AGUGAGCAGGCCGCUAUUUUGUGGCACCACUGCAUCAGGGUCAUGGAGGUGUUGUUGGGGCUGUGUUGAUUUCAUCUUUCUCUUCAGACAAAGUAGCAAUGACGCGACAUCAUCUGCCGACGUCGCUGUUCCUGCUCCUGUUCACGACGACCAGCGGCGUUGUGGUUGUGGUUCAAGGCCUACUCCACUCUGCCAAGCAAAUUACAGUCGGAGGUCGCCAUGAUAGUAGAGCUGCAGGUCAAGAACAAGAGGAGCACCAGGAGCGGGGUCAUCUUGAGAGGCGACUCGCCGAGGAGUUGUCCUCGUCCUCGUCGCAGGGACGGCGACCGGCUAAAAACGCACACUCGCAGGAGACGGUCAGUCCGCGACAUUCAGCAGGUCCUCGUCACGCCGUGUUCGCGCAUUUCUCCGGCCAACGCCGCGUGGAGGCCACAACUUUGCCUUUUCACGGAACAGGUACUAUUAACGAGGAUACAAAUCAGCUUCAAAUUCAUGCGGACGUGCCCUUCGACGCUAGCGUGCUUUAUAAUUUCGCGACGAACUACCAAAAAGAAACAUCAUCUACUCCGCACUGGACGAGGACAACAUCAGCAGCUAAAGCUGAACUAGCUGCGCCUCGGUUGCUCGUGCAGUCGUCUGCCCUCGAUAAUAAAAAUCAUGAAGCUGCUGCUUCUGCUUCUGCUCGCCGCGAGGAGGGCCGGAGUACAAAAAAAUCCUCCGAAGUGGAGAUGCUGCGAUUUGUGACGCCGUACGGGGCCCCAAUGAACACGCUGGUGGACGUGACGCACUUCGCCCCGCUGCUGCUUCCAACUACUACUAGUGCCGGCGAGCAGAUGAACAACUCCGAGUCAGCUACGGGCGCGAAUGAACGACAGGACGUCGUCGGCGAGAACAUCAUAUCCUGUGCAAAUAAAGUAUCGCACUCGUAGUGAUUGCAAUCAUGCAUUGCAAAUUUUUUUCUCAAGGUAAAUCCGCACUACAAAUUUGAUUUGCAAAAAUGCUGGGCGAAUCUGUAAUGCAAUUUAUACUACAACUACGAAACGCAAACGAUGCUUUUGCAUUGCAUACAUCAAGAACACUCCCAUUACAUUCUACGGGGACACGGGCUCUUUCAUCUGGAACACAACCGCGAACCUGAACUCCAGGACGGUGAUGUACCAAAACGCCAGCACGGGCGUGUGCCGCGGGCUGCAAAACCAAACCGACCCGAACGGCUUUCGCUUUUCCGCGGAGCUGCUGUUUCUGAAGCGCCGGAAGAGGCCCGAAGAGGAAGUGGAAGGCGGUGGUGAACAUGA